AUGAGAAACAGCGAUGAAUCGACAAGUUUGGUAGGAAAAACUGAUUCAAUUACGAAUGUCGCAAGCAAACGAACCGUUGAAAAUAAAUCCAUCUCUUCUGAAGAAAAUGAGCAAUCCGGAAUUGAAGCAGAACUGCCAGUAGACGUAAAGACAAAAACCUUCUUGAAGAGUGGGGAAAUAAUUGAAAUUGAUAAAAAACGUUACACUAUAGAUGGACCAAUAAAAGGUGAUUAUGGUAUUGUUGGUCUAAAGGAAAAAGGAAAUUCAAAGGCAUUGUUUGCUUUACAUUAUGAAUUACAAAAUUGCAAAAUCAAACGCCUACAGGUGGAAAUAGAUGUACUGAAAAGUAGCGCAAAAAUUAGAAAGCUAACACAUAUUGCUUCUUUAAUUUCGCAAGGGAAAAAUGCAAAAGUCAAUAUACAAUAUUUUAUGAUAAAAAUGUUUGGUGAAACGAUCAGUGAUCUUCGUGAUAGGUUCGGUGAAUUUUCCACUUCCACGAACCUAAAGCUUUCAUAUUUGGCCAUUGAGUGUAUCGAACAAAUUCAUAAAGUUGGAUUUAUUCAUCGAGAUAUAAAGCCAGCCGUUUAUGCGAUUGGAUUAGGAGCAGAAAGAAGCCAAUUAUUCCUUUUUGGAUUUGGCCUUGCACGACGUUAUAAAACUGAUAAAAAUACAAAAGUGAAAAAACGCAGUAAAGUACAUCAAAUGGGCAAUAUUCGUUAUAUGUCAAGAAGUUCACAUAAAUCAUUGGAACGUUCACGUAAAGAUGACUUGGAAAGUUGGCUUUAUAUGAUUGUUGAAUUCUUCUUGACAACAUCAUCAUUGCCAUGGGAAGAUGAAAAGAAUCAUAAGAUUGUGUUGCAAAAAAAAGAAGCAUUUAUGGAUAAAGAUUAUCUCAAAAUAUUUAAAAAAUGCAAAGGAAUGCCAGCCGGUGUAAAUACACUCGUACGCCAAAUAAAUAGCUUUCAAUAUGAUACAGUACCGGAUUAUCAUUUAAUCAAAAAUAUUUUCCGAAAUGCUAUUGUAAGCGGCAAUUACAAGUCUGAAAAAUUGGAUUGGUUGAAAGGUGAAGAAGAUGAAAUGGUACGAGCAGGUGCAUGCGAGUCCAAGAUUUUCGAUGUAAAAUCUGAAAGAGAAAAAGAAGCCAGUCAACGAUCACAAAAAUCGAUUAGGCGAGAAAAGAAGGAAUACGAUUUGGUACCGAAAACUGAUGACCAACAACGAUCCGUAUUUAUGAUGCCAAGCGCAAGUGGUCCUGCAUGUAUGUCAGAAUAA